AUGUGGUCUGUUAUACUUGAAAUAAUAGUGUACUUGAUACUAUUGCUGACUAAUUACAUUCCAUCAGUUACCUGCCACAUUCCUAGCUACGUCACCACUCCAGCGAAUAAAAAUGAUCAAUUCUGUCAGCUAUCAGAAAAUUGCAUGCACGAUACGAUACGGGUAUGCGGCAGAAUGGGAGAGAAGAAGAGAACUUUUCUAGACAUGUGUGACCUCCUGGAGUUUGCUUGUGAUACCAAUCAGAUUUACGUUCACAUCGAAGAUGAGGAAGGAUGUCCAGAACCAGCAGUACCCCCUCCUGGAGGAAUAUAUUAA